GACAAUAGAAUGUUAAUGGAAUUAUUUACUACAACAUUUAAGGAAUUACUUAAUGGGCCAUAUUAGGAGUUAUAAUGAUUUACCUUAAGAAAGCUUUUAGAUAAGACUUUUGGUAUUGGUUUUUGUAUUGCAACACACUUAUCUUUGUUCAGUGCAAUUUAAAAAAACUUUUCACUUAAGGUGUUUUACGCAACCGGGCACAGAUGAGAGUUGUAAACUCACCUGAGCAGGUAAAGUCCUCCUGUCCUCCAGCAGAGGGCGCGUGGAGAACAGCAGCCAGCAGCCAAUAGAAACGAAAGUGAGAGGAGAGGAGAACAGAGCAGAGAGAAAACACGACAGUCCAGAGAGCUGCGCGCGGGUCAGACGAGUACAGCAGGUGUUCUUACGUUCACACACUCUCACACACAUUUACACCCACCUUCAAACCUGCGGCGUAUUUAGAGGUUUAGAGUGGUAUUAGCUGAGGGGCAGGAGAGCGCGCCACCACCAGAGGCAGAGAGAGAGAGAAAUAGAGAGAGAGCGAGGAGCUGCUGUAAUGCAGGAUUUCUCCACAUAGGAUCAGCUCGGAUGAGGAAGAGAGUGUUGUGCUGAACUUCUCCUGCCUGGGCCAUUGUUGUCUCAGUCACGUGGUCUCGGUGACUGGCAGGCACCUGGCCGUACCUGUGUGUGUGUGGUUCAAGUGAGAGGUGCAGGUGGGUCAGCGCGCGCUCGCUGAUCAUGGAGGAGAGGGAAAGUCCAGAACCCGGGAAAAACUCCACGCGCGCCAGAAGGAAACCCAAGCGCGCGAAGGAGAAGAAGCGCAAAGCGCGCAGACUCUUCCGAGGCAAGUCUUUCAGAUCCGUCAGCAGGUUUAUGAGCAGGGUCUUCAAGAAUCUGGGGGGCUUCGGGACGCAGCCCGGGGACGGUCAAAAGAAGCAGGAGAAGGGACAGAUUGAGAAGCAGGAGGAGGAGGAAGGGGAAGAGGAAGAAGAGGAGGAUGACGGAGGGUUUGGAGAAAGCGCCAAGCGCGCGCUGGGACGCACCAACGAGCUCACGCUGAAACGGGGCAGCACGCGCUCCUGCCCCCCCGCGCUGAGCUGGGCGAGCGGAGAGAAGCCCCCCGGAGUUCAGGGGCUGAGGAACCACGGGAACACGUGUUUUAUGAACGCCGUGGUGCAGUGCCUCAGCAACACCGACCUGCUGGCGGAGCACCUGGGCCUGGGCCAGUACAAGAGCGAGCUGCGGGACCGGCCGGCGGGCGGAGGCGCGUGGAGGGAGGCGGGGCAGAAGAGCCAGCGGGGUCAAUCGGGUCAGGGGGCUCAGGGGGAGGUCACGGAGCAACUGGCCCUGCUGAUCAGAGCUCUCUGGACCCAACAGUACACCCCCCAGCUCUCAGUGGACUUCAAGAACGCUGUAUCCAAACAUGGUUCCCAGUUCAAAGGGAAUUUCCAGCACGAUGCUCUGGAGUUCCUCCUGUGGCUCCUGGACCGAGUGCAUGAGGACACCAACCAGGACUCAUCCAGCACCUCCAACAACAUAAAUGACACCAUUAGCAAUGGUUCCAGUAACAGCAGCAAGGUCAAGGCAACUAGCAAGGGUCACGCAGAGUCUUCAUCCGGUCCAGACCUGCAGCAGGCCAGAACCAGACACAGCUUCGUCCAGGAACACUUCCAGGCCCAGUACAGGUCAUCUUUGACCUGUCCACAUUGCUUUAAACAGAGUAAUACCUUUGACCCUUUCCUUUGCAUUUCCCUUCCUAUACCACUGCGACAGACCAGGGCUCUGAACAUAAUCCUGGUGUUCAGCAGUAAGUCUCAGCGGUUUGUUCGUGUGGGUCUGGCUGUGCCUCUGCUGGGAUCAGUACACACACUCAGAGCACUACUUGCCCAGGAAGGCAACACCAGCCCAGAACAGGUAAUUCUGGUGGAACUGUACUCCAAUGGGUUCCAGCGUUCCUUCUCCAAUGAUGACGACAUGACCAGCAUCUCCGAAAGUGACGUCAUCUAUGCUUUCCAGGCUCCACCCUCCUUCUCCAGAGGCAGCUCCUCACGAUGCUCAGGGCUCCAUCACUCUCUCCCCUCCUCUCCAUACAACCCAGGACCUGAAGGACAAAGGUCGCUGGCCUCGGGCACUUUAUCAUCAGAGUUUCUGAACCAGAGUGCAUCCUCCAAAAUUCUCCUCCUCAUCUGUAACACGGCAGGGAGCGGACAGCAGGCGGCCAGGUUUGGUCCUCCGAUGCUGGUGUGUGAGGAGAGGAGUUUGUCGUGGGCGGAGCUUCAACAGAGCAUUCUCAGCAAACUUUUCUAUUUAAUGCUUAACGGUACACAAGGGCAGAAUGCGAGUGCGUUAUUUCGGAUCCGAGUGGUGGGUGGAUCCACCUCCUGCAGUUAUCUCUCGCCUCAGGACAGCCGGCCGCUUUCGCAUCCAGCAGUGGACCGAGCUUUGAAGCUGUGUGGUCCUGGAGGUCCCCCACAUGUGAAGCUUGUGAUUGAAUGGGAAACAAAAGUCAAAGAAUGUUUGUUCGGCAGUAUUCAGGAGGAGUGUGUAAAGGAUGCUGAAAGUGUUCGUGAGCAGCAGCAGAAUCACCUGCAGCAGCACAGCUGUACACUGGAUGAGUGUUUUCAGCUCUACACCAAAGAGGAGCAGUUGGCUCCAGAUGACGCAUGGAAGUGUCCUCACUGUAAGCAGCUGCAGCAGGGCAUGCUGAAGCUCAGUCUGUGGACCCUGCCGGACAUCCUGAUCCUGCACCUGAAGCGGUUCCGCCAGGUCGCUGACCGCAGGAAUAAGCUCUCCACCCUAAUCAGGUUCCCCCAGAACGGACUGGACAUGGCGCCCCACGUGGCCAAGCGCAGUCAGAGCAGCCGAAACCCCGCCCCCUGCCCUCCAACCUGGACACACGGAGACUCCGAUUUUCUGUAUGACCUUUAUGCUGUGUGUAAUCACCACGGGGGGAUGCACGGCGGACACUAUACAGCGUACUGCAGGAACUCAGUGGAUGGCCAGUGGUACAGUUAUGAUGACAGCAGUGUGGAUCUGGUGCCGGAUGAGGAGCUGUGUACGCGAGGAGCAUAUAUCCUGUUCUACCAGCGCAGAAACGCCAUCCCACCGUGGUCCGCUAACAGCUCCGUCAGGGGUUCAACAAGUUCGUCAGUGUCAGAACACUGGCUGAUGCGUCUGAACGGAGACAGUAAGAGGGGCAGUAUGGUCUCCCGCUCCUCCACCACCUGUCCCUCCAUCCCUGACUCUCCUGACUCGCCUAUAUUCAAGGAUGAAGCCCUGAAGCAUGAAAAGGUUUCAUUAGGAGGUUUUGAGACGAGGCCUUUUAUUCGAGGGCUGCAGGGACGCAGCGUAAGCAUGAAAAGCCCCACCAAACCAAAGGAACAUACAAGCAAAUUGUUUCCACUUAGAUGGUCUUUCGGCUCCAAAGACAAACGCAAACCUACUGCCACUGCUGCUUCUACUGCCCCUGCUGCCCCUUCUGCCACUGCUGCUCCUCCUGCCCCUGCUGUCACUACUGCCACUACUUCCUCUAGUGCCCCAGUGCAGCUGGUGGAGUACCUGGAGUCGGGCAGGAGACCCCGAUGCACCAACGACCCCAUCGCUACUCUGGUAGGCACAUCUUCCAUCAAGGAGACCCCACAAGGUCAGAAAACCCCAGAAGGUCAGAAGGGUCUCCACGACUCCCCACGGGUGGCUGAGGGUCAGCAGCGGCCAGGGCAGAGAACCGGACAGAAGGAGGAUGGCACCUUGACGAGAAGAAGCAGUAGAAGGUCUAAACAGGAUCCAGCAAGAGCCUCAAACCCACAAAAGCAGCGGAACUCCAGCUUGGGCUACCCAGCUUCAGGAGGGUCACUCUUGCGGAAAAGCAAGACAGCAGUGGACACGCUCCUGGUGGAUGAGAUUGAAGGCAGCAGGGUAGAUGACACUAAGGUUCCUGAUGGCAUCAUGGCCUUCCUGAGAGGUGGGUUUCUAAAGAAGGACCCCCGGCGAAGAUCUUGUGAAGCUGAGCUCACAGAAGAUGGCGUUCCUGGGGAGCGAAGCACAUCCCGACUCUCGCUGCCCUCCAGAAGCCACACCAUGAAUACAAGCAGAACAACCAACGGCAUCAAAGCACAGCUGGGAGAUGAGUUGGCCAAUGGCAGAGCGGUGGAUAUCAAACGCUCACAAAGUUCUUCCAGCAUCCCUCGCAGGACUGGAGGGAACCCACAGAGAGCGAUGUCACUGCAGAGGAACGGAGCCCCUGGGGUCCAGAGGAACUCCGGUGGAGAAAAGUACUCCCAUGGGUCACUGCAGAGAACACAAACCCGUCACAGUAGCAGCUCCACACUGGGCCGAAGAAGAGCCGUGCCUGAAUCCAGCUUCUGACACAGGACCCAAACACAGGGACUCUAAACGUAGCUGGGUUUGCACCAAGAAUCUUACCGGUUGAAGGGCCUGUUGAUUGAAGGUUUUCUCAAGGGAAAGGUUGCUUGAGGUAAAAGGCUUUUUGCUGAUAGACAGGUAUCAUUUAUCUCUACCCAUCACUGCAGAGAUGGCUGAGAGUGCUGGUGGUCUGUUAUCUCUGGUAGCAGGGUAAAGCUCUGUAAAAGAUGCAGUGGCUUCAAUAAUAAGGAGACUGAAACAACUUAACAGUAACAAAGAUCGAUUUAUAUUCAGCACACAGGUCUUCGCCCAGUUAAAGGGUUAUUUGGGUUGCUAGAAAACCUUGUCUUGUCUUUUAAAUGGUUGUAUGUAAUACUAAAAAAGAAAUACUAGAAAGCUUCACAUAGAUUUUUACAUUUAGCACCAAAACAGAAUUCGCAAAAUGUUGCUGCUAUUUAAAGAUGGGAACAUCUAAUUGCAGUACCAGUAAUGCUAAACUUCCACCAGAAUACGAAACACAAGGUGCAGCAUCACUACUGAGGAAAUACAUCCAAAAGCCUCAUAAGAACUGGCAGCUUUCCAGAGCAGCAGACACAGCUGUGUUUACCUCUUUUUCCCCCAAUUACCAGAAAACUCAAAGGUGUUCGGAAUAUAAGUGGGGUUAUUUUUUUCAGUUUCCAGAAGUGUACCAUGCCCAGUGGGCAUAAAUAAUAGAGCAAACUUUCUAUUUAUGUAAACCAAACUGUUCAAACUGGAGAUGGAAGGUUUUAGUUUUUAGUAGAGCGGAGAAAACAAAGCGCUGAUCGUUGUAGGUGACAGAAAUCACAGCUGUAGCUAAAAUAAGUUGUGAUAGUGAUGUAUAAACACCUGCCAUUCUGUCGAUCAACGCAGAACAGAACUCUGAGUAUAUUGUGAAUAUCUCUUUCUGUGACGGUGCAGUUCAUAUCAAAGUCCCUCUCACUAAAUGAGACGAAACUGUUUAGCACAGGAAGCAGACAUGUAUCAGCAGUGCUGGGUAGUCAUGGACCUCAAGUAAUCUGGGUUAGACGCACAGUUACCAUUUAGAAUUACGGUACAAUUAUAUUGAAGAAUGAUUUUUUAUUAUUUUUUUAUUUUACAAAAAGCUUUCUGUCCUGCGAUGUGACUAUUGCACAUGUGCACAUUGUGCUGAUGAUGCUUAAACGAUAUAUUGCGCAGCCUUACGUGUGGCCACGAAAGUGAUUGGAACCUGAGUUCAAUGAUUUUGAUGAGUGAAGAUUUUUGAGUAUAUAGUAUAUGUCUAAAUAUCACUCUAGUGAUAGUGAUUACAACUUUAAGAGAGUGUCUUAAUGCAACAUCUAAGUUGGAAACUCAUAUUUAACGUAAUUUUGACACUACCUGUACAAGAAUGCAGCAUAAAUCCUGUUUGGGAAUUUAAAAAAUAAAUAGUAAUUAAACUAUUUAAACUCACUCCUACAGAGAUACAGAGAGAGUGUCAGCAUUGUAAAAAAAAUAUUAAGUAAUGGUUUUUGAAUUGUUAUGGAGAAUAGAACGAUUAAAAGAUUAACAAUUGGUCUAAAAUGAAAGAACUAAACAUUUGACCAACAGCUGUAAAUAAAAGAAAAUUAAGGGAGUGUUCCAGCCUAUUGUGAAACACAUUUAAAGUUAGUUCUAGGCUGGAAUGCCUUUUUGUUUGUUUGUUUGUUUUUAAACCAUUAAUGUUCGCUUACCACAAUCCCCAGCAUGUUUUAGAAUGUCAUUAGUAACCCCCCAGCUGAGAAGCUGAACCAGUCCUAACUGCUAGCCAAGUCACGGAGUGAUAAGAUAAUAAGCAAAGGCGAGCUAGCCAGCUCUCUUCUCAGCUGUUAAAUGACAGGCUCCUCUUGUUCAUGUUCAGACACACUGUUCAAUUUAAGAAUACCUGAGGAGUGCAGUAUGUGGGAAAUACAAAAAUACAGUAUGACUCACUAUUGUACAAAAAAUCCUGAGACCAUUUUUGGGCCCAUUUUGGAGAAAAGGAGCUAAACUGUAUCUAGGUAUCCAGGUAUCUAGGUAGCAAUUUCUCUAUCUUUAUCUUGUUGACAGCCACAUCUGAUGAGUCAUCUCUUAUCAUUCACAUCACCUGUUCUUCCCACUGUGAUUAUGAUUUGAAGUUGGUCAGCAGAAUCAUACAUCUGCCCGGAGUUAUUCUACAGCCCAGCAGUAGUGUUAUCUAUCUGCAUUAACCCUCGAAAACACCACCAAAGAGCAGGUUGUAUUUAUUACCAUUUUUUUUACCAGUUUUUAAACCUACAGCACUACACAAUAGCAUGAUAUAUUGUUUAAGCACCGUCAUUGCGAUGUGCGCAUGUGCAAUAUUCCCAUCGCGGGAUGUGCGAUGUCACUUAAGGCAAUAAAAACAAACACGUCACGUUGCAUUGUUUUGAUUCUUGACACAAGAAGUAGAUACACAGCGUUCUGAGUGAGCAGCGCCGUCUCUGCCUGCUGCUGAGAAGGGCAAGCGGGAGGGGUAGCGCGAGGGGGAGGGGUAGCGGGCGUAAACACAAGGUAACCGCAUGGCCUCCACAUCGGUGGACACGUGAUGCAGCGCAGACAGCAUGUCCAAAGCUGUGCACCUCAGUUUCACACAGUUUUGCGCAGAUAUUUCCAUUUACAGCCAGAAUCACGCUUUUAAUCCCAGGAAAACGCUCUUAUUUACCUUUGAAAAGGCGGUUUAAAUGCUUGAUUAUUGUUGUUUUGCUGUUUUCCUCGAGUUUUGGGUGCUCAGCUGACUCUAAAGUGCUAAAUCAGCUCCCGUUCGGUCUCUGUCGUGAGAUGUUGUUUAAUAUUGUGAUAUAUAUCACCCAAAAAGAAAAAAAUGCGUUGUCAAAUUUUUCCAAUAUCAUGCAGCCCUACUACACAAUAUGGAAGUAGAGUCGGUAGAUUUACAACAGAGUUAGCAAAACAAAACUUAGCUCACAGGGCAUUUACAGGGCAUUUAUUCAUACUAGAGACCACCGCAAAAAAUAAAGAAAAACAUUUAAGGAAUAUGGGACUAAUCAGUUCACUUUUAUUUAAUGUAAUUCUUAAUUCUUAACCUGAUUGCUUAAGUUAUCUACCCAGCACUGUGUGUUACUCUUCAUUCCUCAUGAUAUUGUCUGAUGCUCGUAGCUUUAAUCCAUAAAUGUUUAAAUGCCACCAGGUUAAUUUAUUUUUUUAGUGUUGUAUUUGCACAGUUCUAUAGCUGCUAGAUGUGCACAGUGUGACAGUUGGUUUUGUAGAGAUGUGUGUGGAACCGGUGUAACAGGAAAUGAUUUUUAAAAAAGUUAGCGUGUGUGUGUUUGUGUGUGUGUGUGUGUGUGUGUGUUUGGGUAGACGUAUCCAAGCUGUUGUACCCAGAAGGUAAAGUCCUGUGUGUUGCUAUGUGGACGGAGAAAAGAUGUGUGCCCAGUUUAGAAAAGCAAUAAUCACAUAUCCCUUUCUAAUACAAGCUACAAUGUAAGCCAUGUAUUUGCUAAUCAGAUUACCUGCUUUAAUGUAAUCACCUACAUUAACUCUGAAUGCAAUAAUGUUUUAAAGAGAAAAAAAGAUGCCAAGAAAUGAAGUAAAUCUGUAUUUCAGUGAUGUUGUUUUAUGUCAUGUACAACAGAGUGGCCUUAUUAUUUUCUGGAUUAGCCACCAGCAUGCUUGUUUUUUUAAGGAAAUGCUCAGUCAGAUCAUGCUAAUGGUGCUAAGAGUGAGUAAAGCCCUAGCUAGCAUUAAAACUGCAGUCACAAUUACCCAAGUCAGGCUGAAUGGGCCAAAAAUGAUUCACUUGAAUGAAAAAAUGGAGUUGAACUUGGUAACCCACAAGCAUAUAAUUUAAGUGGAAACUAAGCUCCGCAGUCAGAUUACUACUGUUUACUAGCUAGAUAACUAGCUAACAAGCUAGUUGCUCCCAGUUGCAUACUACACACUCAUACUAUAAGGUAUAUAUUGUACACUAAUCCUAAUUGCAGUGCAAUCGCUAAUAGAAUUCCAGAUGUGAGUAGCUUCUACCAUACUGUUUUGCAUUGCAUUAUGAGAUAAUAGUGUCAAUUAUAAUCAAACUCAAAAACUGACUCUUUUAAACUGAUUGUGUUGUGGAUAUUUAUGCACACUCUACUAAAUUUUAUCCAUGGAGGUCGCCAAUACUUAAAUCUGAAAUCACUUUUUUAAUUAUUAGUUUGGACCCCCUCAUUAAACAGUAUGAAGCCCUGUUGAAUUUCUCCGUUCUUUACAUAAAGUUUUAGAGGCAAUCCAAAACAGCUUAGUUUUAUUUGUACAAUAGUUUUUGUGCUCACAUACAGCUGUGGGAAAAAUAAGUGACCACUUUUUGACCACAGUUUUUCUAAUUUUGCUAUUUAUAGGUAUGUGUUUGAGUAAAAUGUUUUAUUCUAUAAACUUACUAUAAUAUAAACUUUCUCCCAAAUUCCAAAUAAAAUAUUGUUAUUUAGAGCAAUUAUUUACAGAAAAUCAGAAAUGGCAAAAAUAACAAAAAAGAUUCAGAGCUUUCAGACCUCAAAUAAUGCAAAGAAAACAAAUUCAUAUUCAUAAAGUUUUAAGUUCAGUUUAAGUUUGAGUUCAGAAAUCAAUAUUUGGUGGAAUAACCCUGGUUUUUAAUCGCUUGUUCUUCUCCAUCAGUCUUACACACUGCUUUUGGAUAACUUUAUGCCACUCCUGGUGUAAAUUCAAGCAGUUAGGUUAGCAUUUUGGUUUGAUAGCUUGUGAUCAUCCAUCUUCCUCUUUAUUAUAUUCCAGAGGUUUUCAAUUUGGUAAAAUCAAAGAAACUCCUAAUUUUUAAGUGGUCCCUUUUUUUUCCAGAGCUGUACUAUAAUUCACUUAUUUCUGUUUAUAUAUAUAUGAGAUGUUAAAGAUUGGUUGUGAUUAUGAUGAUGUAAAUACAUGGACAGUGUUUCUGGAGAGCUGCACAGAGCUAGAGCUGCUGACAGGGGAGCUGUUUCUGACAAUAAAAUAGUUGUUGAAUUAAGUCACUUUUGUAGGUAAAAUGAGGUGUUUGUUAAAAAUACACCAGAAAGAAGGAAAUAGCAUCUAAAUAAUUCAAAAUAACUGUGCAUGCCAUUGGGAUGCGCUCUAAUUUGUUCCCUUACAUCACAUUACAUCAUGCUUAUUGUUAGCAUUUGGCUGUUAGCCAUAUUAAUAUGACUUUUAUUAUUUUUAUUAUUAUUAUUACAGUCUAUGCAAUCAUCUUUAAAAAUGCCAAUGAAUAUAUGUUUUGCCUCUUUAUGAUUUCUGAUUAAUCCUGUAACAAGACUUGAUGCCUUUUGUACUUGCUGCAGAGAUGUUUUCACCAGAGUGUGGACAUUUUCUGGUCAAAACCAAUUUUAAGGUAUUUUAAAAUGUUAUUGUAAUACUGUUUUACUGUUAUAGAAAUAAACAAAAGGAAAUCCAUAUUGGGCUGUCAAAUGAUAAUUGCCCAAACCUUUAGUCCCCUUUAGUUAAAGAAAGUGCUGUUUAUAAAAAAAAAGUAAAAGGAUAAAGAAAUGUAUUCUUAGAAAAAAAUUGAAAGGAUUUCAUUUUUAUUUAAAGAUUACACAGAACAAAAUCACAGUAUAUCUUGUCACCAAACUAUUUCAAAAUGCCAUUUAAAAAGGUAAAUUGGGUGAUGUGUGGAUAAAUGCAUGGGUUGUAAGAUCUGCCAGUGUUUUGUACUCACUGCUGUAAUGGUCAGGUUCUAUGUGUUUUUAACUGGAAAACUUAAUUUGUCUUAAUUUGAGGCCUAUGCUGAUGACGAGUCACGACUCUCUUUGAAAUGAUGUUGUGCAUAAUAGCAGCGUUUGGCCGUGGAUCUAUCACCACACAUCAAAUAGCAUAGCAUUAUUAGCUAAAAUAUCACAAAAGAGCAACACAGAUACUGUUAUACUAGUUAGCCUAGCGUAUGUAGCUGUUUGUCAGGAAACAAAUGAAUGGAAUGGAAGGGCAUUUGUUUUUCUUUUCUUAAUGUUUUGCAGCCUACACUGAAUCACAAGUACCUUUAUCGAUGUUUACCAAAUGAAGCACUUGUUUCACGAGUACGUAUGAAGGAGUUAUUUUUGUUUUGUUGGAUUUGGUUCUUUUAUAUGCAACUUUUAUAUAUUUUUAAUGUCUUUGUAAAUAUAUAUGAGAAGAUUUUAUAGUAAAAAAAUAGUCUAUGAAUCUGUAAACAGAGGCCGAUAUCCAGAUCAGUCACAGCUGUAUAUUAGUGUUUCUCAGUGCUGCUCGUCUCAGUGAAUUUAUUCUGCUCUAACAUUGCGGUUCAGCCUGAUGAAAUACAUUAAUCAUAAUUAUUAAUGUGAGCUGAAUCCAGUAUAUUCUGAGCAGUAAAACACUGAAAUGUGGUGUUUAGGACUGAUAAACACUCUGUACCUGUUGCACAGUGUUUCACAUUCUGCUAAUGAGAUGAUUAUGUAAUAUAUAAGUUGGUGAAGACCUUCAGUGUCUGAAUUCUUUUAUUUUUGUAAGUCUCUAUUAAAGAAACACAUUGAUAACCAC